UUCACUUGUUCACUAUUGGACAUGCUCUUAGGGCUUAGGCAACGCAGGUUCUCGUUUCCCUCUCUUCGUUCACAAUCUCACCUCACCUUCAGAAUAAAGAACCUUCAGAGCUGUUCCCUCAAAAGAAACCCUAGCCUCCUUCAUCGCCGCUACCGUUCUUCUCACUGUCGCCGUCUGUCGCGCUCAAGAUCUUCGUCUGUUUGUCGUGAUCGAGCCCCUCUCCUAAUUCGCCAAUCACCAACUUCGUCGCUCCAACCCCUCAUCCUGCUCAGUCGAGCUUCGCGCCGUCCCUAGUCGUUCUCGUCGCCGGGUCCGCUCUCCAUCUUUCUCUGCUCAAACUGCUUAUACACGCGUUCUGUGUCGUGACUGAUGGAUUUAUUUUGUGAUUUGACAAUUUGAUGCAGCAAUCAGGUUUUUUAUUAAGAUUAUGUGACUAAAGAGAGAGCUAUGCUGGAGGAUAAGCUUGGGAAUCCUAAUCGCAAAUAUUAAUUCAACUUUCGCAUGAUGAGUAUAGCUUUUUUCAUAGGAGCAAUGAUGAGUUUGCUGGUUUUCCUGUUCUUCAUGCCUGACAUCCUACUUUAAUUUGAUCUUGCCUGUAAUAAAUUUUAAUGCAAAGUUGCACAUUUAUAUUAGUGUGUUUGAAAGGUAUUUUUUGCUUGUAUUGUUAUAUAGAAUAAGGAACUUACGUUACAAUUGUGAGAUAAAUUGAAGUUCCUAACUAUGCACUAUGGAUCCAUUGAUUUUACGUCCAUGGUACAUGUCAUAUGUUGCUGGAAACAGCAAAGAAGAAACUAUCCAUAUCGCUUUUUUGUUUGUGCUGUGCUGAAAGCAUGUUUGCUAAUCUUUGCAAACAGAGGGGAUGUUUUUCCUCCCAGACUUGAGGAAUGUAAUUAAUAAAUAAGGCUCAGCUAGACCUGUUACAUUCUUUAAUUAAUCUGCUUUGUUAAAUUUAUGUGUUAAAUCACUUUGAAUUACUGUUCUGGCGUGAUUGAAUCACCAAUAUAUUGGAAAGAGGAAACCGCUUUUUGUUAUUGGCUUUAGGUUUUCAAAUAAGCUAGUAGAAUUAUUUUUGAAUUUACCAUUUCUUUUCUCCCAAGUUACCUUGAUGGAACAUGUUGGUUUUAGUAGAAUUAUUCUUUUUGUUGAACUGUACAGCACACAUAAGGAUUACAGGUAAAUUGUGGGGUUAUUGCAGUUGAAUACUGUCACAAUGAUAUCAGAUGAGUCUCUCUUCCACUACUCACUCGUCGCAUUUUACCUCAUAGCGCCGCCAACCUUUAUCUCCCUGAUGUUCCUACAAGCUCCAUAUGGAAAACACCACAGGCCAGGUUGGGGGCCAACGCUGCCUCCCCCACUGGCAUGGUUCCUCAUGGAGAGUCCCACAUUGUGGCUCACCCUCUUGCUCUUCCCACAUGGCCGACACUUCUCAAACCCAAAAUCCAUGAUCCUCAUGAGCCCUUACCUACUUCACUACUUCAACCGUACUUGCAUUUACCCUUUGAGCCUCCUUCAAAGGAGCCCAUCGGGAAACGGCAAGAAAACUUCACAUGGAUUCCCUCUAAGUAUUGCGCUCACGGCAUUUUUCUUCAACUUGUUGAAUGCUUACCUUCAAGCUAGAUGGGUGUCUCACUAUAAGGACAACUAUGAUGGUGAUGGUAAUGAUUGGUUUUUCUGGUUGGCGUUUUUUGUGGGGUUGUUUGUGUUUUUGUGUGGGAUGAGGAUCAAUAUUGUGUCUGAUAGGGAGUUGUUGAGGCUCAAGGGUGAAGGGAAGGGCUAUGUUAUUCCAAGGGGAGGGUUGUUUGAGCUUGUGGCUUGCCCAAACUACUUUGGGGAGAUCUUGGAAUGGCUUGGUUGGGGAGUGAUGACAUGGUCUUGGGUUGGAUUCGGGUUCUUCAUCUACACUUGUGCAAACUUGGUGCCAAGGGCAAUUGCAAAUCGCCAAUGGUACUUGGACAAAUUUGGUGGGGAUUAUCCUAAGAGCCGGAAAGCUGUUAUUCCAUAUUUAAUUUGAUUUUAGGAACUCCUUUUCUCUUGCAUUUUUUUCUGGGAUUGGUUUCAAUGGUAAGACAAAAUUGAAAUUUUGUUUUUGGUGCUUUUCAAUAAAACAUGGAAUAUCCAUAAUUUUGUGAUAUAACGUUGGAUUUUUGUGAUGCUUAGGUCCUUCUAGUAACCCGUUUUCUUGGGAUUGCUAUCUGACUGUUAUUCUGUGUUUUUAGGUGUAGUAUUUUACAAGAUUAUGACACCAGUUCUUCAAAGUACACU